UAUGUCCUUGUCGAGGAGCAUGCUUUGCUACAUGCAAAUGUUUUGCAGUUAAUGCCAGAAGCUGAGAUUGAAAAGGUGGGCGGCAAGUUGUUCACACCUGGAUCAUGUCGGCUCGGCGUUCGCACAAGAGGUACGUUUCAUUCGAUCCGUUCCGAUCCGAGUACAGCAGAGCUGCGACAAGUGCAGAAAGCUUUCAUGCCACUUAUCAAACUAAACUACCGCGGCACCGAAUUGGACAUACUGUUCGCCAGCCUGGCUUCAAAACGGGUGCCGGAAGAUGAGCAGUUGAAGGAUUAUUUGAUCUUGGAAAAUUUGGACAAGAAAAGUAUUCGUUCAUUGAACGACCAUGGCAUUUAUUCGAAUAUUGUCGGCUUUCCUGGAGGAAUUUCCUGGGCAAUCCUUGUUGCUCGAGUAUGCCAGUUAUAUCAAAAUGCGGCUCCAUCAGGACUGCGACUCCCAUUUCAUUUCGAUUCUGCUUUGGAGCAGCCGCUUCCAGUAUUUUUAAAAAGCAGUCAGAGUUCGUACUUAGUGGAAAUACCGUCCUUGCAGGAACUUGUAUGGGAUCUCUGGACACGAAUUGGACACGAAUUAGUGAUCGUUAAUUAUUGUAGACAUCACUUGAUGCCAAUAAUAACGCCUGCAUUUUCUGAGCAAUAUUUCACAUUCAACGUCACUAAGUCAACACAACGAAUUGUCACGGAUGAAAUAAGCGAAGUAAAGCAUUUUGUUCUUCUAGCGAUUAGUAUUGUCAUGGAUAUAAUAGGCGGAAAGGCGGAAUGGUCAGAACUGUUCGAGAAAGUCUUUUUUUCGCGAUACAAACAUUUCCUGGCGCUUCUUUCUGUUUCGACAACUGAGGGCGUCGCGCUUUGUCAUAUCCAUCCGAAAUAUUUCUUGUCGCGAACUGAUCCGCUUCCGGUCACACCGCCAAUUCCGGAUCCUGCGUGUCGCGUUUGGUUCAUUGGAUUGAGCCCGAAUAAACAGUUAACUAAAAAUAUUGCUAUCCAGAAUGAGGUGCAGGGCUUCUUGGGCACCGUUACACUGGCAGCACAAAAACAGCGGAUUUACAGUGAAGGAAUGAGUGUUUUACCACAAUAUGUUCGCAAAUCAUAUCUCGGCAAAUGGUUGAAACCGAAAGACUUACCAGGAGGUCGGAAGGUAGCGAAGAAAGCCGAUCACAUAACGCACCUGAGUCACUCGACUUCUACGCUGACAGCAAUUAUUCUUCAUCUCUGCAUGAGGGAGAGUAGUAAAACAGGCGCUGCGACGCUCCUAGCCUCAUCUGUAUAUCAGCACAAUUAUAUGAAGGAUUUGACGGAAAUCACAAACAAUGAACAAGUGGGAAGCGUUAUAACGCUUUCAUUUAUUUUGGAACCGUUGCCGAAUGAGGUGCAGGGCUUCUUGGACACCGUUACACUGGCAGCACAAAAACAGCGGAUUUACAGUGAAGCAAUGAGUGUUUUACCACAAUAUGUUCGCAAAUCAGAUCUCGGCAAAUGGUUGAAAUCGGAAGACUUACUAGGGGGUCGGAAGGUAACGAAGAAAGCUGACCACAGCCCAGUCACUCGACUUCUACGUUGA